AUGGAGCUCAAGUGCCUUUUGAUGUGGCUCUUGCUUGGAUCCGUCAAGGGGAACAAGCCAGAAAAAUGCCCAGUUCUUUCAAGGACCGAAUUUGCUGAUGUUACUGCUGAAAUGUAUCCACUGGGGACCAAACUGUAUUAUGAAUGUGACAGCGGCUACACGAGAAGAAGUGGCCACUACUUGGGAAUUCAGUGUCAGAGUACAGAGCAGGUUGCUUCUUGGACGUACAAGGAAUUUGAAUGCAUUGAUGAGAAAAUUUUGUUGUCAACGGCUCCCGCGAUGGAGUUAGAUUUUACACAGAAGCCAGAAAGAAAAACACAGAGCCCUGCACCCCAGAAGCAAGAAAACCUUUCAGAGUUUGACCAGAAAAAUUUUUGUGGUCCUCCCAAGACUGUUCCACAUGCCUCUUUAAUCCUGAACAAACAUUAUUACGUGGGACAAGUAUUACAUUUCAAAUGCCAGAGUGGUUACGAUAAGCGACCCCCCACCUCUGGCACCCGCAGGUGCAAGAAGGUGAAUGGCAAAAUCAUCUGGACCCACCUUGACAUGCGAUGCACCAAUGACAGCAGCUACAGCGACGAGUGGCCACCACAGACUAUUGAGCCUGAUCCACCUGUUUCCCUGUGGUGCCCGGUUCAGAGUGUUCCAGGUUCGACUCAUCCGUCCUUUUCCUCAUCUGUGAUACUGCCAGUGACAGCUAUCUUUUUUGAACUGUUUGCUGUCUUUGUGUGA